AUUCUAGCGGAAAGAUCCCGGGAAGAGGCGGGCGUCAGGCUAGCCCGAAUUGCGGACCGGCGCUUUCGAUCUACUGCUCGGAAAGCGAGAGCCUCCGGCGCUUUCUCCAGCCGGAGGAGUGAAAGCCGCCAUGGACUGCGAGUCUCUCUUCACAGAAAGAGAUGGCUGUAGAGCGACGUCGUUCUGGCAUCUCUAUGGCGGAACCCUUGUAGCCAUUGGACCGGAAGUUCCGGCGAGCAGCCUCGUUGGCCCUUCUAGCCUCCUUUGUGAGGAGUUCUGACAGCGAGCCUCGUCACCUUCUGUCUCUCUGAAUGGCCACAAAGUAAGGGCACUCUAGCUUCCUCGGUCGCUGCUCCGGGAGGCCGGAAGCGGAAAUAGCGGAAACCACCGGCAGGGCCAGUUGGUACCCGGAAGCCACCGGGACGAUGGCGGCGGGUUGGAGUUUGAGCCGCUCGGAACGGAAAGCGGCGGCUCGUGCCGAGUUCCUCCGGCAGGAAGAGCAGCGGGAGCGACGGAGACAGGUACCUGGACCUGCGGUUGGGGCGAGGGGGUUGUGGGUCUCUGAAGCGCUUGUGGGCGCAGGUGUUUCUGCCUUGCGCCCACGCCUCCUCCUUCCCCAUCAACCGCCCCCUUCCUCUGUCUCUUUCUUUCUCUCCCUCUCCGUCUCUUUCUCGCCCGCCGUUCGGCGCCAGGUGUCGCGGAUCCUGCGCAAACCGGCGGCCGAGCGGAGCCCCGACGAGGCUGCGCUGCUCUCCGGCUGUCAGGAGAUCGUCCGGGAUCUGGAGCGACUUGGCAAGAAGCGCGAGAGGCUGCGGCGGCGGCUGGAGGAGGUUUGUGAUGAACCUGAAGAGUUGAAAAGAAAAGUCAGUAAGCUCUCUGCAGCUGUGCAGGGAGCAAAGCAUCUCAUCAUUUACACAGGAGCUGGCAUCAGUACGGCAGCCUCAAUUCCUGACUACAGAGGCCCUAAUGGGGUGUGGACAAUGCUGCAGAAAGGGAGGAGUAUCAGGGCUGUGGAUCUGAGUGAGGCAGAGCCCACACUCACCCACAUGAGCAUCGCCUGUUUGCACAACCACAAACUGGUAAAGCAUGUGGUGUCACAAAACUGUGAUGGGCUCCACUUGCGCAGUGGGCUCCCUCGGGAAGCCCUAUCCGAGCUGCAUGGAAACAUGUAUAUAGAGGUUUGCACAUCCUGCACACCCAAUCGUGAAUACGUGCGAGUGUUUGACGUGACGGAGCGCACAGCCUUGCACAGGCACCAUACCGGCAGAGUGUGCCACAAAUGUGGGGCACAACUAAGAGAUACAAUUGUACACUUUGGGGAGAAGGGCAUCUUGCAGCAGCCCUUGAACUGGGAGGCAGCAAUAGAGGCUGCAAGCAAAGCAGAUGUGAUCCUGUGCUUGGGAUCUAGCUUGAAGGUUUUGAAGAAGUAUCCACAUUUGUGGUGCAUGAGCAAACCACCCAGACACCGCCCUAAACUCUACAUUGUAAAUCUCCAGUGGACACCAAAAGAUGAUCUGGCAGCCCUGAAACUUCAUGGGAAAUGUGAUGAUGUGAUGAAGCUAUUGAUGGAUGAGCUGGGGCUUCCCAUCCCUUGCUAUGACAGAACAAAGGACCCCAUUUUCUCUUUGGCUGUUCCUCUGCAACCUGAAGAAGAAGGCAGUCAUAGCAGGAGAGCUGUGGCUCCACCAGUAGGUCUUCAUGAAGUGCAGCUGGGAGAGCAACAGCAGACACCCGUGGGACCCCUUUCUGGCGGAUGGUUUGGCAGGGGCUGUGCAAAAGGCACCAAGAAAAGAAAAGUGUCUUGAUAAUGGAAUUAUAAGGGUGUUGUUUUUUUUAACCUUGAGGACCAACUGAAGUUGCUAAAAUCAGGACAAGACCUUACAACUGCACUGGAUUUGACCAGAAUUGCUGGGCUAACUGGAAAAACACAGCUGCUAUUUUCAUAAUGUUUUGUAUAACUACUCAGUUUGUAAACAGAGGCUGAAGCCUAGCUUAGUUUCUGCUGUGGCUGAGGAGAGGUUGGUGUUUAAUACUCAGGGCUGUCAAUUAUUAAAUAUUAUUAAUAAAAUAAAACAAUAAAAGGCA